CGAAUCUGUCCGCUCCGCGCUGCGCGCAUACGGCGAUGAUCAGUGCGCGUUCCGGCCGUCCGACGACAGGUCAUGUUAUGCGGCACGACGAAGAUCUGAAUCUCAAUGUGCUUUUACCUGCACGCGUCGAGCAUGAGUCACGGCGUCGUCCACGACGUCCGUCGCUCAGCAGCCGCUGGCAAACAACACGGGUGUGUCCGUUGAAUUGGUCGCGCGUCGUCCGAUACACGGUGCGAUCAAGUGUGCCAGUCGCCGCCUCGCCGUAGGGUAAGUGUGUGUCGGCCGCCCGUCGCGGGUAUCAGGCCCACGUACGUAUAUUACGUUAUUACGUACGCACGCCGGUAUGCACGGCCGGCCAGCCGCCUGCACGAUGACCGCGGCGACGACGGCGGCUGGCAUCUCGCAGGACCGAAACAUCCCCUGCAACGGCAAGGACGAUAUAGCGGUGGUAACGCAGCCUACUGUCAGGAGCGGACUCAGGGUAUACAAAAUCGUGGUGUUGGGCGACGGCGGUGUUGGCAAAUCAGCUGUCACCUUGCAGUUUGUCAGUCACAGGUUUCUCGACUAUCACGAUCCUACGAUAGAGGAUUCAUAUCAGACACAAGUGGUCAUCGAUGGCGAGGCAGCUCUUCUGGAUAUUUUAGACACAGCUGGACAGGUGGAAUUCACAGCAAUGCGUGAGCAAUAUAUGAGAUGCGGUGAAGGCUUCAUGAUAUGUUACUCGGUAACGGAUAGGCAUAGCUUCCAAGAGACAAUGGAGUACAGGAAGCUAAUAUCACGUGUGCGCGCCAACGAGAACAUUCCUCUGGUGCUGGUCGGCAAUAAGUUUGAUCUGUUGCAUCAUCGAAAGGUGACCACGGAGGAAGGCAAGGCGUUGGCGGAAGAGCUCGGUUGUCCGUUUUACGAGACAUCCGCCGCUCUCAGACAAUUCAUAGACGAUGCAUUCUUCUCGCUAAUCAGGCAAAUUCGCGCUAAAGAGAGGUCCCGCAGUUCGCAUCGCAAGCGUAGCCGCUGGUGGCGAAUUCGCUCGAUAUUCGCCUUCAUUUUCCGACGGAAGAGACACCCUUCCCAUCGUUCUCCGUAAAAUUGGUUUUUGAUCAUUAGUUUUUUUUUUAACAAACAGAUCGUUGAACCGCGACAAACGACAGCAAUGACGAGGGGAAUAUCAUAGCAAAUCACAACGAAAUAGAUAUUACUCAUAAUUUUAAUUUACGCGAUUACAUAGUUACCCUUGUUUAGAGACUGACAAUUCAUUAAUGUUUCACUGCCUUAUCAUUGACCCCAGUACGUAUUUUGAAUGCAGAGCAAAGCGAAAUUGUCAAACAAGCUGGAACGCACACUUUGUAUUCAUCUUAGACUCGAGAUCUCGAAUUAAUCAUUCGCGUGCUGCUCAAUUAAAGAAACAUAAAGCAUGAUACAUAAUACGAUUCAUACUUUCUGUACUCGUAUACGAUACAUAUACUUGUGACUUCCAGUUUUUUUAAAUGACGAUUUUUUUUCGCGAUAUUUAUUUAUCUUGAAGGCUGUUUAUUUAAGUUAGGUUUCAAACUGAUGUGGCGAUAAACAGAACCUAAGGCAACUAAUUUUGAAUAAGUAAAUAUCCGCAAAUCACUAAUGAAUCACUUUUUUUAAUAGAUGUAGACGACGGUAAAUUUUAUUUUAUUAUUAAAUGACGUGCGCGACCAAAGAAAAGUAUAUGAAACGUUAAAAUACAAAGCAAGAAGUGAUUCUUAGCAAUGCAGAGAAAAAUAUAAAAAUGCAAGAUAUUAUAUAAAAGUUUUACAAGAUAGCUGCAAUUUUUAAAUAUAUAAAAAUAGAAUUUUAUUUAUUUUAAUUUAAAUAUAUAUUCAAAGAUUAUGCUGCUACAAAUUAUGAAUGAGAGUUAUAUAAAAGUUGCAGUAAGUUAUAAAGUUUAGGAUUGUUAUAUAUUUAGUAUUAUUAAUUAUUAUUAAAUCUCUAAAAUG